ACCAUUUCUCUUCGCUCAUCGAGACAUCUCGCCACCAUGGCUCCCGGUUCUCAGGCAGCCGUAGAUGUCCCGGCCGGCAGAUCCGGCGGGAAGAUAUUGAAAGCGAGGAGAAUUGCUGUUAGGAAGACUCCAUACGACCGUCCAAUUUCGCAUCAGCCUCAGCCUCAGCCUCCACUUCUGCAACCAGAAAGCCCUAGUUGGAUCAGUGGACUUGUUUUUCCUGCCAAAUUUGUUGCUGGCGGUGCGAGUAAAAUUUUAUCUUCAUUCUGGAACCCUAAGAGUUGGAGCGCGCCUUCCUCUUCUUCUACAGACAGUGAUUCUGAGUCCGAAGACGAUUCUGAAGAUAAUGAAAACCCUCCUGACAGGGUAAUUGAGUUGAAUCAGCAGCAGAAAGGCCAUCUGUCUCAGAAAAGUGAAACUUUGCAUUUAGUUGAGCAGCUACUUAUGCUUGAACAAUAUUCAAGGGAAGAGUGUGAUAGACUAAUAGAGAUUAUCAAUUCACGAGUUGUAGAUUACUCCAUGAGAGAGGGUGUGGAUGCUGGACCAAGUAUGACCCAUGGCUGGACUAACAAUGAGACUCCUGAUAGCCGCAGCCAAGCUAUCCUGGAAGCAAAAAAGUGGGUAGCAGAGAAGAAAUUUAGAUCUGGUUCCAAGUCGGACUUGGACAAUGGACUCUAUGCUCUCAAAUCUGUUACAACACCUCAGCCUACUGAAGGGGAAGCAGGCUCACCGGUUGAUGUGGCUAAAUCAUAUAUGCGAGCUCGUCCUCCAUGGGCAUCUCCCAUUAAUCAUAACAAUUCACUAAGCCCAUCACCAUUGGCAGCAGAUUUAUUCAAGGAAGGAACACUAUAUUCGUCCGGUGGUGGAAUAUCUUUCUCAUCAGCAAAGAGGGAUUAUCUUUCUGCUGGAUCAUGGAACAUUCAGGAUGAAAUUCGCAGGCUGCGCUCCAAAGCAACUGAAGAUAUGCUAAGCAGCAAUCGAUCCUUGAAACUUGCAUCAUCCAUGCUAGAACAUGAUACACUAAAACACUCCUUACCAAAUGACAAGUCCUUAGAAAGAGACGAGCCAAUCACUUUGGAAACACUAAAAUCAGUGGAUGAAAUUGUGAAUCUAGCUGCGGAAGAGGGUACUGUUGGUCUCUCAGACAUGAGGACUACUCAAAUUGAUUUACCAACCGAAACCUUGCCUACAAUGCCAAUUCUGGAGCAAUAUCAGACGAAGGGUACGGACUCCAUUGAGAUGUUAGAUGGACAAGAUGCUGCCGCUAAUAAAUCUCAUGACACCGAACAAAACAUCAGGCCUUCUGGUGAAGGAAACAAAAUAGAGAAGAAAGAAGAUGGUAGGCAAUCUGAUGAAAGAAAUCUAGAUCAGGAAAGCCAUGGAAUAGAUUAUGUUAUAGCUGAUGUGGUAGUCGAUAAUAAUUGUUAUCUCAUGACUGAAUCAACAGAGAUACCGCUGGUCCAUAAUUCUCAGGACAGUUCUAACACCAAUAACGACCACACAAAGGCGGCAGAUGGCACAACUGAAAACCGAGCAGUGACCAGAGCUAGUAGACAAAGCAGAAGAGGGAAAGGAAGAGCCUAGUUCUGAAUGCCGUUUGUUCGAGUGGCGCGCCAAUGUAACAUUAUUCGAUAGCCUGUAAGUCCAUAGUCUCUACUCCGUUUUUUAGUCUUGUUUGUACUCUGCUUGCUGCUAUUAACCGAGUGAAACCAAGUUUGUGUUCGUUUUAGGUAGAGCAUAGGUAGACUGUAUUAUUAAGCCAGUCCCUGUAUUAUGACUAAUCUAGGGUUCGACUGACCGUCUGUAAUUCACAAUCAUAUUGUAGUUAUACUAUGUGAUUGAUGUGUUGUAACACCAUUUAUGAAC